AUGGGGCUUUUAAAUCUCAUAUACAUCGGCACAGCCGCCACGGUUGCAUAUCUCAUCAUCACUGGCAUUUACAAUGUCUACUUCCAUCCCCUCCGCAAAUUCCCGGGCCCGUGGUUCAGCGCAGCAACAUCGCUGCCUCGCAUCCUCGGACGCGUAAGAGGUAUUGAGCCUUAUCAUCUCCAGUGGCUGCACGACACCUACGGCGACGUUGUGCGCGUCAGUCCCAACGAGCUGAGCUAUACGACUGCCAAGGCCUGGAAGGACAUUCACGGCCACGGUGCCCCUGUAACCAAGGACUUGGACCACUAUGGCCCCCCGUCAACCGGUACCAAGGGCCUCUUCCUGGCUGAUGAAGGCGAUCAUGGACGUCAGCGCCGCAUCUUCUCGCACGCCUUCUCGGACCGCGCGCUCAAGGACCAGGAACCGCUCUUCCGCGGCUACGUCGAGUUGCUGGUCGCCAAGCUGCUGGAGUUGGGCACGAGCGAGCCGGACGCCAAGGUCAACAUGGUCGAUAUGUACAACUUCACCACUUUCGACAUCAUGGCCGACUUGACAUUCGGUGAGCCGCUCAAGCUGCUCGAAGGUUCGGCCUACAACGCCUGGGUUCACAGCAUCUUCGCAGCCGUCAAGUUCUUCGGCCUGUCGACUACGUUGCGCUUCUACUUCCCCAAGAUCAACGACAUGCUGCCCUACGUCCUGCCGGGCCUAAGACAGAAGCAGAUGGAGCACCAGAAAUACGCCCUCGACCGUGUCGACCGCCGUCUGGCUGUGGAAACGGAUCGGCCAGACAUCUGGUCGUACGUGCUCAAGGAGAAGGGCGAGGGCCAGGGCGCGCAGUUGACGGUGCCCGAGAUGCACGCCAACGCUACCACCUUCAUGAUCGCUGGCACCGAAACGACCGCCACCCUGUUGUCCGGUGUGACCUACCACCUUCUGCGCAACCCGGACAAAAUGGCCCGCCUCGUCUCCGAGAUCCGCGGCACCUUCGCCAGCCCGCAAGACAUGACGCUUCAGAAUCUGCCCCAGCUCCCCUACUUGAACGCCUGCCUGGAGGAGGCCCUGCGCAUCUACCCGCCCGUCCCCGGUGGUCUCCCACGUCUGACGCCUCCUGGCGGUACCAUCAUCGAGGGCGAGCACGUUCCCGGAAAUGUCACCGUUUUUGUCACCAACUGGGCAGCCUACCACUCGCCGCGCCACUUCGCGCUUCCGGAACAGUUCAUCCCGGAGCGCUGGCUGACGGGCGACGACGCGGAUCCGCGCUUUGCCGACGACGACAAGGCGAUCCUGCAGCCCUUCUCGUACGGCCCGCGCAACUGCAUCGGCAAGAACCUGGCCUGGCACGAGAUGCGGCUGAUCCUGUCGUACACCCUAUGGCACUUUGACCUCGAGCUGUGCGAGGAGAGUAAGGAGUGGAGCAACCAGCUGGUGUACGCGCUGUGGGAGAAGCACCCGCUGAUGGCGAGGCUCAAGCCGGUGCAGAGGCAAUAG